UGGUUGUAUCCGUUAGAAUUAGCGCACCAUGCCAUGGCCCACAUUGUAAUAGGGCUUUACUACCCCCUUCCUCCUUACAGUGGACAUGGAGACUACCUGCACGUUGGAUGGACAGAGCCCAUGCUUUUUACACGCACAGCUACAAUGGAGGAGGAUGAGCACACGGACAGGCAGAUGCAGUUCGCCCUGCUCUGUCAGAAGCUGAAAAACAUCAAAACGACGUACCUCUCUGAAGAUGAUACGAGUCCAAAGCAUUCAGACAACGUAAACCACAUCCUCAGCUCCAACUCGCCGGAGACCUGCUUGACGUACCUGAAAAACCUGGAGAAGCGAGGAGACCCUCAAACAGAUUCGAGCCUCCUUACAAAGCUGAUUGACUGCUACACACGUGUCUUCUCCUGCCUGCCCCUGGUCAAGCAUAGCCAGAAUGAGAGCUACGCCAGGAUGUUGGUCAGAUUCGCAGAGCUCAAAGCGAUUCAGGAGCCAGAUGAUGCCCAGGACAACUUCACUGUGGCAAGAUCAAACAGCAAGUGUUUUGCCUUUGUGCACAUUGCUCAUGCUCAGUUUGAACUCUCUCAAGGAAAUCCAAAUAAAAGUGCUUUGAUAAUCCAGAGGGCAUUUGCUGUCAAUGCCAAACCCACAGAACUGUUGGAAACUGCGCUACAAAACUUAAAAUUGGGGAAAACUCAGCUGUUGCCCCCAGAAGACAAGGAGAACUUUGCAAUGCCAACCCUGUCGGUUGCACAAGCCCCAGCAAAAGGCCUUGCAGAGCCAUGCAAAGUGUCUCGGACCUCAGAUGGGACUGGUGACCUGCAGUUGGGGAGCUUGUACUGUACUAGCAUGGAUCAGAGGAACAGUUCUCAGGAGGACCCUGUUCCAGUUUGGAGAUCUGGCUCCCACAGGAGGAAGCCCAGUACCAUGCCGGGGCGAGUCCCACUGGUUCCCCUGCCCAUUCCUGAAGAUGACCCUAAUGAUGAUGAUGAUGGUGGUGGUGGUGGGAGGCUGAUGAAGAAGAGCGACACUUCUCAGAGCAGUAGUUCAACCUGUUUGAGGCAAGCAUCUGGAUCAAAGUCCAAUCCCAUGUUUUCGUUCUCCUCAUCCAAGAAAAGCAAUGGAGAUGGAGACUCUUACAGCCUGCUCAAUGUGAAGCCAUCCGUCAUCAGUCCUGAGCAGCUUCCAUGGGAGGAUAUAGGACCUGUGGACUCAACAACCACGCUGCUGCGCAGGCCAGAAAAAAAAGCUCCUCCUAGGCCAGAAGACACCACUGGAAGUAUAAGUCAGAUCCUCAGCUCCAACUCGCCAGAAACCUGCUUGGCUUACCUGACAAACCUGGAGAAGAGAGGGGACCCUCAGAUGGAUUCGAGGCUUCUCACAAAGCUGAUUGACUGCUACGCACAGGUCUUCUCCUGCCUGCCCCUGGCCAAGCACAGCCAAAAUGAGAGCUAUGCCAGGAUGUUGGUCAGAUUUGCGGAGCUCAAAGCGGUUCAGGACCCAGAUGAUGCUCAGGACAGAUUCAUUCUGGCAAGAUCCAGCUGCAAAUGUUUUGCUUUUGUGCAUAUUGCUCAUGCUCAGUUUGAGCUUUCUCAAGGAAAUGCAUCAAAAUGUGCUUUGAUCCUCCAGAAGGCCUUUGGGGCUAAUGCCAAACCUACAGAACUAGUGGAGACAGCAUUGCAGAAUUUAAAGUUGGGCAAAACUCAUCUUCUCCCCCUUGAGGACAGGAAGAAUAUUGCUGCUCACACCCCAUCCCAGGCAUCCAGUGGAGGGCUGCACGAAGUGCAGGAGACUGGAAACCAGGGUAGCAGCUCAAACAAUGGACCAUACAAACCUCUCUACAAGGACCUCUCUUCAGACUGGAAGAUUCCAGCUCGAAUCACCAGGCACCAUUCUGCUGAGGAGAAGCCCAUCCCGGCUGACUCGAUGCCGGCUUUCCGAGGGUCAGACCUGACGCCCACCCCUUCCCUCCUGCUGUCUGUCAAAGCCAUCCCUCCCCUCACAUGCCAGACACCCACCUACAAAGCACCAAGCACCAACAGCUACGUCACUCCAGUGCAGAGAAACCCUCCUACGAGAGCUUCUGCCUCAGUGCCACAUGGUGCUGGGCAAUCCCAGCUGCCUUGCACCCCUGUAAACCAGGUGUCCUAUCCCCAACAAGCUUCUCAGGGUUCUGUAGCUGCUUUUUCAAAUGACUCCAUCACAAUUAAAGGUCGACAGUUCUUUAUUCUGAAGAUGAUUGGUCGAGGAGGGUCUAGUAAGGUGUAUCAGGUGUUGGACCAUCGGAAGCAGUUGUUUGCUGUAAAAUAUGUCAACUUGGAGGAAGCUGACAGCCAGACCAUUGAGAGCUACAAGAAUGAGAUUGAGCACUUGAAUCAUCUACAGCAGUACAGCGAUCAGAUCAUCAAGCUGUAUGACUAUGAGAUCACCAACAGCUACAUCUACAUGCUGAUGGAGUGCGGAAACCUGGAUCUUAAUACUUGGCUGCGGAAUCAUAAAGGGGUCAACCCCCUAGAGAGGAAGUUCUACUGGAAGAACAUGCUGGAGGCGGUCCACACUAUCCACAAGCACGGAAUAGUCCACAGUGACUUGAAACCAGCCAAUUUUGUGAUCGUGAACGCUUCUCUGAAGCUCAUCGACUUUGGCAUUGCCAAUCGCAUCCAGCCUGACGUGACCAGCAUCGUGAAGGACUCACAGGUGGGCACUCUGAACUACAUGCCACCGGAGGCCAUUAAAGACACAUCAUCCAAGGCCGGCAAGCCAAGUUCUAAGAUCAGUCCGAAGGGCGACGUGUGGUCUCUAGGGUGCAUCCUGUACUGCAUGACCUAUGGAAAGACCCCUUUCCAGAGUAUCACAAACCAGAUUGCCAAGUUGCAUGCCAUCACUGAUCCAUCGCACCAGAUUGACUUCCCAGACAUUCCUGAGAAGGACCUUCUGGAUGUCUUAAAGAGGUGUUUGGUGAGGAAUCCCAAAGAACGAAUCUCCAUUGCUGAGUUACUGGCCCACCCGUACCUACAGCUGCAGCCGCACACAGUCCCUGAGCCCGUUCAGCCUGUUAAUAAUGAGCUGCAGCGUAUCCUCAAUGACCUGGCUGCUCUACAGUCACCCAACAGCAUCGCCAGAGCAGCCAGUAACUUGGCCAAAAUGUGUAACAGUGGAAAAAGGCUGGAUGUCUCUGAGUGUCUGAAGUCCUCCAGUCAGGCAUCGGGGAACAUGUGAAGAGUUUUUGUGUUUUCUGCUACAUACUGAAAGCUGGCAGCCAUCCCGUGGCUUUAGUGUGCAGGAGACAUACUUUUUUUGCUCCACCUGCUCACGGUAUGCAGUUUUUGUGCUCUAUGACACACUUCCAUUUAUGCUCUUGCUUGAACCAAGAUUUUGGCCUAACUUGGAAACCACUAUGUUCACCCUUUUGUCUUUGCAUUUGGAAUCUUACUGUUACUCCAGGUAAUUUGCAGGAGGAAUUGAUUUGUCCUGAAGCACUAAUAGAACCACUACUCUUACCAUCACGGAAUACGUACCAAC